CGCCUAGGGGGCGGGUGACCAUACAGGACGGUAUCUAUACUGCUCACCCUGUGCGGACUCCUGACCCACUUGGGGCUGUCCAGUUUUCUGAAAAAGAGCCCCAACCAAGGGACAGAGAGAGUACGCUCUCUGCCCACAAUCCCAGCCCAAGCCAGACAGAACCAGGUGUGAGUCCCAGGCCAGGGUAUCAGGAGCCUGGGGGUCAUACGCAAAGGGCCUGGGGACCUCUGGGGAAAUUGAUGGCCCAAAGUUGGGCCAAGGGCCUCCAAGCAGCAGACUCCACCCUGAAGACUGUCCCUCUAACUCACCACACUGCGACCUCUAAACCCCAGACAGCAGGUGCCAGCCUGCACUCCCAUAAUGCCUCUGUUCCUCCCCCUCCUACUCUCCCAGCUGCUGUGACAGAACCUGACCACCCAGCUCAAGGCCACCGCUGCCAUGAAGACUCCAUCCAGCAGGCCUCGGAGCCCCACCUUCACACCCACAACAGACCUGCUGGCCAGGAAACCCCUGAGGGGUCAGAGACAGAAAGCUCCAAACAGGAAUGUACCGCAUCUCCAAGAAAGAAACCUCCAGUGCCUCCCAAACCUGCUCACCUGAGCCAACUCCACCCGCCUCACAGGCUGCCCAAGCCCAUGGCAGUCUCUUCCAGCAUCUCAGAAGCAGGACAAGAGCGCAAGCCAGGUGAGCCAGAAACAGCCAACCCUCAGUCAGCCAAAGCUCCCAAAGCAGCAGGCCCGGAAUGCCUGCCUCCAGCCCAGCCCUCCAAGGGACAGUGCCCUCAGGUGAACAUCCUCAGCAAUGACUUCACCCCACCACAAAAGGGCCUUAGCUCCCCAAAAGAGCAGCCCAUGAACUGUUCCAAGCUGGGGACACCUGAGAGCCCAGAGACUGUACAAGGCAGCCAUCGAGAGCUCCAGAGCCUCCUCAGCCAGGUGCAAGCCCUGGAGCAGGAAGCAACCCACAGUGUGGAUGUACAGGCCCUGCGGAAGCUCUUUGAGGGUGCACCCCAGCCGGGAGGGGGCACCCCUCAGGUUCCCACCACACCCCACAAGACUGAGGCCUCGGUGGAGCAGGCGUUUGAGGAACUGACUCGGGUGAAUGCUGAGGUUGCCCAGCUGAAGGAACAGACCCUGGCCCGGCUGCUGGACAUCGAAGAAGCGGUACACAAAGCUCUUAGUUCCAUGUCGAGCCUCCAGUCUGAGGCUCACAGGAGUUAUCCACAGAGAACGCCAAAAGAUCCCAGUGCACACCAAGCCAGUGCCUCCAUCACCAGCAGAACCAGACCUACAGGCUCAAGCCAGGCCAAAGAUCCAACUGUAGUCAAAAAUCAAGGCAAGGCUGAGAGCCGUCCAGAGGAACAAGGCCAAGCUAAGAUCAGAAAUCACACAGAGGCCAAAGGUCAGGCAGCCCUGUCGCCUGUUCUUCCCUCCAGGACACCGGAGUCCAGCCUCCAACAAACGUCACCUUCCCGCAGGGGCUCCUCCCCCCCCCCAUCAUCUCUAUCCAAUCAGCUAGAGAAGCUUUUGGGAGCUCCUGGCCUUCAGGGAAGCCAUUAUAUCUCAGGGAAAAGCACACACCUAGCUCAGGACAUAAGCCAAGCCCUGCUCUACCAGAGAGAUAGCCAAGACCAGGCUGGGAUGGUUUCCAAGGACUCUGCGCCCAAAGGGCAGCAGAAGAGCGUUCUGGAAUUGCAGUGUGGGCCAGCUAGCUCCAAGUCCUACGGAGCCACAAGAACGGUGAUUAAACAACAUAAGGAGAUACACAGUCCUCCCUCCUCCACCAUCACCCAGCAGGCAGAGAGAGCCGCGGAUGGACCCCGGACCACAGCUCGCGGCGCCACACGGCACCCUUGCUAACGCAGCUCCUACGCAGCCCCUCACAGUUCAAACAGAGACAUGGCAGAAGCCCAGAUGGCGUGGGUUCCCUGCAGCCACAUCCAGCCGGCUGCCCAGUGAGCCCCUCUGUCUCUCCCGCCCAUCUUAGGUACCCCUCACCCCAGCUCUAGGACUGAGUCAGGGGCCGACAAGGACCAAGAAGAAUGGCGCUCUUCAGAGAGAUGAUGGGGGCUGCUUGCCUCCUCGGGACCGGUUCUUGAAAAAGCAAGAAAAGUGAAGCGGCCAGCUGCAGAGUAACACUGGAUGCGCGGGAGGCGGCCUGCAGCUGCCUGUGGCGGAUGGAUGGCGCACGCACGCUCCACCACAGCAGGCCAGCUUACACACACGUUAGUCUGCCCCUCAUCGCCGGAGUUUGAGAGACACCCCUCCACGCGUCCCUCCGCCGUUAGCCUUUAUUUCUUUUGUUAUGGAAUCUGGCUGUCUUUUUUUUUUUUUUUUUUUUUUGUAUCGUUUUGGAGGCUGUCCUGGAACUCGCUCUGUAGACCAGGCUGGCCUCGAACUCACAGAGAUCCACCUGCCUCUGCCUCCCGAGUGCUGGGAUUAAAGGCAUGCGCCACCAAAGCCCAGCUUGGAAUCUGGCUGUCUUAGUCCCCGGUGAGGACCAGGGCUGACAGAACUGGACAUGGCAUUGUUAGAGAUUGGACAGAAGGCUCCAGAAAAACCUGGGUGCCUGCCUCUUCAUCACCGGUGGUCCAAAGUUCACACAGAAAGAGCCACCAAUCAAGUGUUCCUAGAAGCUAAAUACACUGCCCUUCCUGCUCCCUUCACCCCCACUCUGCACCCCAAAUGAGAAAAUACGACCCCGAAAUAAAGGUGAUUCUCCA